AUGUCCUUUGCAGCUGCCCUGGCCAAGCUCCAAGCAGAGGCCAGCUGCCCCAUCUGCCCGGACCACCUGAGAGACCCAGUGACCACUGAGUGUGGGCACAACUUUUGUCACUCCUGCAUCCAUCAGCGCUGGGAAGGUCUACAGGGCACCUUUCCCUGUCCUGUCUGCCUCCACCACUGCCCUGACAGGAGCUUGAAGAGGAACACCCAAUUAUGUCGCAUGACUGAGAUUGUUCAGCAGAUCCCCACCAUGAGGGGAAAGAGGAAAAGGCAAGAGGAACCCCUGUGUAAGAAGCACCGUGAGGUUCUGGCCCUGUUCUGUGAGAAGGACCUGGAGCUGCUGUGUGCCCAGUGCAGGGUCUCCUCUGAUCACAGGGAUCACCCCCUGAUGCCCAUUGAGGAAGCUGCAGCUAGUCACAGGGGGGUGCUCAAAAGGUACAUUGAGUUCCUGACUAAUCACCUUGAAGAUACUAAAAUGGAAUGUGAAAACCAAGUUGCAAAAACUUUCAAAGUAAAGAGAAAGAUGGAUAAGUUCAGGGAGGAAUUAUAUUAUGAAUGUAAAGAACUUAAGUAUUCCUUUGAAAGGGAUAAUGUUAAUAUCAGUCUACUUAUAGAAGAGAAGGAUAUUGAAGAAAAACUACCUGAAAAUGGAAGACAAAUUUCAUACCACAUGUUCAGGCUAAACACUCUGUUAAGUGAAAUAAAAGAGAAGUGUUUGCAGACAGACCAGGAUUUACUCAUAGGUAUUGAAAAGAUCCCCAACAGGCAUGGAAACCUAGAGAACCCAGCAGUCUUUUCAUGUGAAUUAAAGAAGGAGAACUGCUCUCUCUCCCCCCCACAUUAUUUGGGCCUGCAUAAAAUGAUUUGCACGUUUCAGGUAUAUUUGACACUGGAUCCUGAAACUGCCCAUCCAAGUCUCAUUAUCUCAAGACAUAGAAAAAAUGUGAUCUAUAGGACAUCAGUUGGUCUUCGUAAUCCCCAGGCACUUACUGCUUCCCCAGCUGUCCUGAGUUCUGAGGGAUUUGAUGCUGGAAGGCAUUUUUGGGAGGUAAACAUAGGAGGCACAGGUGACUGUUUCAUAUGUGUCUGUAAGGAAUCUUUCCUCAGAAAUAGUCACAUAUCACCAUCCCCAAGCAAUGGCUGCUGGCGAUAUCAGCAGUGGACUGGUAUAUUCAGCCUUUUCCCCAGAGGACAACGUAAGAUUGGCAUGUUUCUGGACUAUGAGUUGGGAGAGGUUUCAUUUUAUAAUUUGAAUAAGAGGUCAUACAUAUAUGGAUUCACAAAUGCAUUUUCAGAAAAACUUAUGCCUUAUUUCUCCAUUGCAUCUUCUUCAGAAUCUCUUACAAUCAGUAUCAUAUGA